AAGUCCUAUAACAGCCUAUUAGCAGGUACCUGCAAUAAGGCCAUAUUAACAAAUCCUCCUGUUUGACAGGCCUUCCAAGUUUGAGUUUUCAUUAAUAAACUGGUUCUAAACUGUUACUGGACUACUUUGUAAUUGAAGGCUGCGCCCUAGUUUGUGUCCAAUCAGAGACAAUCUGCCAUGGAAUGAAUAAAACAGCAAUGCGUAAACAAGAACUGGAAAGUCCUCCGCCCCCUUCCCCAUAUCAUCUCAAAUGAAAGCAGUUCCGUAUUCUGUGCCGCUACAUCCCUUUUAACAGCCCAAAUUCGCUCAAGCCUGUUUGUAAAAAAAAUCAAUGCGCGACAUCAACACGGACCCAUGAUGUGUGGAAGGUCUCUCUUAAAGACGUUUAAUUACCCAUGAUGUCAUGAAGGACGAGAGGCCAGGGGCCCUUCAGCAAAACGCUGCAGUUGAGCCAUAGAGUGUCUGAAUCUGCAUUCCACUUCAUCCUUAAACCAUCUGUUCUCCCUUCAUCCCCACUUCGGGAACUUGACAAUGACAUCACAUAGGAAACACCUGUUUGUAAAAGCUGUAUUGUCCAGCAUUUCGAGGACAGCAACGAUUGCCCAAAAUGUGGUAUCCAGGUUCAUGAAACAAAUCCCUUGGAGAUGUUAAGGUUGGACAACACUUUAGAGGAAGUGAUAUUUAAGCUCGUGCCUGGUCUCAGAGAAAAGGAACAGCAGCAAGAGGAUGAAUUCUGGAGAAGAAAGGAAUCAAACGAUGAGAAUGGCCCUAUGUGUAAGAAACGGCGUGUUGAUGAAGAGGAUGAUGAUAAAGGUGAUGGAGACUAUCACAGAAGUGAUCCACAAAUAGCCAUCUGUCUAGACUGCUUGCGUAUCAAUGGGCAGAUGGGAGAGAACAUUGUUAAGGGCUUAAUGAAAAAAUUUAUUCGCUGCUCAACAAGAGUGACUGUUGGAACAAUCAAGAAGUUUCUGAGUCUGAAGUUAAAGCUUCCCAGUUCUUAUGAGCUAGAUGUUCUAUGCAACGGUGAAAUAAUGGGCAAAGACCACACCAUGGAGUUCAUCUACAUGACCCGCUGGAGGCUUCGGGGAGAAAAUGUCUACCCAAUGGUACUUGAAUAUCGACCACGCAUUGACUUUGGCUAGGUUGAAAUAUCCUGCACAAGUUUCAGCCUAUCAACAGACAGCAAAUUGAAUGGCAAGUCCUGUUCUGAAGAUGUACUCUAUCUGUCUUUUCUCUUCAAUUUCAUUAGCUCUCUUUAUUGAGGUGAUCUUUAAUGUGACCAACAACAUGACCAUGUCACAAGAAUUUGUGAUUUUUAUCUCUUGUCUUGUGCUUCAUUUACCAAAGUGACACAUAGUCAUAUUAAGGACCUUUAGCAAUUAUGGUGGUAGCUUCCUUGAGUUUUCCAUCAUGUGAGAAAUCUCACAUGAUGGAAAACGUUAUAGUGCCUUUUUCCAUAAAUCAUCUUAUGAAGAGCUGAGCUUAAAAAUAUAUUUUAUACUUUUAGGUCCCUUUAAGUCUGAGGUGAUUGGGAAUCUCAAAUUCUUAGUUUUUAGUUUGAUGAUUUUCAUCAUGCCCAUUUAAAGGAACACUGCACUUUUUUUUAAUAAGCUUAUUUUACAUUACAACUCCCGUAAAGUUACAUUUGAGUUUUACUAUUUUUUAAAUUGUCCUAAAUAAUUCUCCUAGCUUGACUCUUCUGUAGUUAUAUCAUAAACUAAAUCCAAUAGAAAAUGAAAAGCUACAAUUGUCUGGCCGAUAUGAGCCGAACUAUUCUGACAUGAUAAUCAAGGAACUUUGCUGCCAUUCCAUGAUGAAAAUGGUAAAGCUGCUCUGUAAAAAUAUCCUGGUUACCUUAAAUUUUGAAGCUGAAUCAAAUUAACCGUAUAAUUCCAUUAAACUUAUAUUGUGUAAACUGUCUUAAACAGCUUGUGUAACUAAUACAAUUAAGUUAGAACAUGAAUUAAUUAGUUUAAUAAGUUACAAUAAAUUAAAAACAUAUGCGGACAUGACUAAUUGCUUAUAUACAUUUUACAGAGUGGCAAACUCUUUAACUCUAGUGAAGUUAAAAAUCUAUUUUUAAAAAAUAAAUAAAUAAAUAAUGUGGAGUGUUCCUUUAAGUUUAAAUUGCUGUAAAACUUACAGUAUUACUGGCAAUUUUGCUUGCCAGUAAUACUGUAAAAUUUACAAGUGCUCUGUAAAUUAACAACUACAACUGGACUGUAAAACCACAGCCCAGUCAUAACUGUUAAAUCACAGUGUGCUUGUAAUUUUUGCCAGUAAUUCUGUAAAAAUUGCCAAUAAUACUGUAAAAUUUCACAGUAAAAAAUACACUGUAAAUUAAUAAUUACAAUUGUGUUGUAAAAUUAAUCAAAGCACAAUUUUAAGUGUUAAUUUACAGUGCGCUUGUAAAUUUUACAGCAUUACUGGCAACCAAAAUUGUCAGUUAUACUGUAAAUUUUACAGCAGUUUUUUUUUUACUGUGUUUUUAUUGGAAGACAUACUUCCAUGAUCACACAAAUACGUUUUGGUUAUUUGGUGACAUCUCUGCAGAUGUGCCUCAUUAAUUAAUUCGUUAAUUGUAAAUAAAGCAGACGUUAACUUGGCUAAAUACAGCAAGUAGAUGUUUACUAAUGCCAUCAUACUUCCCUGCCAUCCUAAUAGGUUAUAUGCACAGCUAGUGUUUUUUUCCCAUACCGAUAAACUUCCGGUGAAUGGUUAUUGUGACUUUUCAAUUUUAUAUGGUUUCUUUUACAGAAUCAAUAUUGUAAUGUAAUUAAAAUACAAUAGACUUAAGCAUUCAUUUAGUUGUUCAAGCGUAAAAUGAAAUGAAAAUCCUUUUGCAAGCACGCACUGUCAGGAUCAGCAAGCUCGCGCAGAAGCACCAUUUAAAAUACUGGAAGACAUGGCACAGGAAACCUUAAUUUAAUGCAGUACUUCUUUUACAAUCUGAGACCCACUCUAUAUCAUAUAUCAAUCAGGCAGUUGAGAUUGUGGAUUUUUAAGAAAACAGACCCUGAUUUUGUAACUGCAUACAGUUCACCGGAAGCGCUUGACCCAGGUUUCUGCAAAAUUAAAAGGCCUUCUGCAUAUACCCUAUUGAGAAGAAGUCAAGAUUUACCAUAAUUGUGUCUUUUUUGUUUAUGCUGGGCAGGUAGUGAGUUAAAAAAAAAAAAAAAAAAAAAAAAACUACUCACAAUUUGUAAAUCCCUGGCUUGCCUGUUUCAUGUCAGAAUAAUUCUCAAAACAAGUACUCCAAAGAAAGGAAUGCCAACACAAAGGAAGUACUAAUCGUUUACUCUAAUAAAAAGAAUUAAGGGAUUUGCUAGACCUCAUACACAGGAAUUAUUACAGUAUAUUAGUCUGUUCAUAUUACACCAAAGACCACAUGGGAUUCUGUGGCUAAAAACUGUUUGCUUUGACUUACAACAAACUAUACUCACAGAAAGAGGCCAUGUGGAAAAGAUGAAGCUAGAAUUUCGGUGCGUGAAGCAAAGCUACCUAAUCUGUCAAACAGAAUUCAAAGAAGCUUUUUAUUUUCGCGUCAGUGACACAUUUAUGAUUUUUGUUUUUAAAUGUCCAUGAAAAAUGACUUCUGACAGAAUUAAGACAAAAACCAUAAAGGAAAUCAAGGUAUAUUAAUCAAUAUUAUCUUGCAAUUGCUUUCACAUUCAAAAUCGUGAUUUUACGUUUAAAUUAUUAAGUUGAAGUUGAAUAAUGUGUUUAGAAUAGACCUCUGAAUGUUGUUGUGCUGCAAUGAUCAGGAUGUAUUUUUGUAAGAAGCCCUUGUAGAUAUUUUAUCUUUUGAAAAAUCGAAAUGUAUCUUUUAUGUUAAACGAACAUCAAAUGCUGCUUAGAAUAUUCUAUUUUUCAAUGUAAAGCCCCUGAUUCCCAUAGAGACUAGAAAUGUAAAUAACAUUAUUGUAUUGUGUGUCUUCAUUCAGAAGAAAAGUGGAAAAUACACUCAUGACUAUUGAUAA